AUUCAUUAUUUAAAGAGAAUAUUGGUUGCACGUGUGUUUUAAUUUAUUUAGUUUCUAUUGUUUUUUAAAAUUAUAUAGACUUUAUAUCAGUUGUUAUAUAGAGAACAAUAAUGGUAAAAAGCAAAACAGACGAACUUCCCGGUUUUCCGUCCCUGGACUCAUCAAAUAACAAGGAUGUGGAAGCGGGUGGUACGUCAAAGACAAAAGCCAAAAAAAGUGGAGGCUUUCAAUCAAUGGGACUUUCAUUUGAUAUAUUAAAGGGUAUUACAAAGCGCGGUUACAAAGUACCGACACCCAUACAGCGCAAAACAAUUCCACUAAUAUUAGAAGGACGUGAUGUAGUGGCUAUGGCAAAAACUGGCUCUGGUAAAACUGCUUGUUUUUUAAUCCCUCUGUUCGAGAAAUUAAAGCAAAGAGAACCUACUAAAGGCGCACGUGCCUUGAUAUUAUCGCCCACUCGUGAAUUGGCAGUGCAAACCUUUAAAUUUAUAAAGGAACUAGGUCGUUUUAUGGAAUUGAAAACUAUAUUGGUUUUAGGUGGUGAUUCAAUGGAUUCACAAUUCUCCGCUAUACAUACGUGUCCUGAUGUUAUAGUUGCUACACCUGGACGCUUUUUACAUUUAUGUGUUGAAAUGGAUUUGAAACUAAGCUCUAUAGAAUAUGUGGUCUUCGAUGAAGCCGAUCGUUUAUUCGAAAUGGGUUUUGGACAACAGUUAAAUGAAACGCUACAUCGUCUGCCAGCGUCUAGACAAAUGGUCAUGUUUUCAGCUACGUUACCGAAACUGUUAGUUGAUUUUGCUAGAGCAGGUUUAAGUGAUCCAAUACUUAUACGUUUAGAUGUCGAAUCCAAGCUGCCAGAUGGCUUAUCGUUAAAAUUUUUAUACUGUCGCCCUGAUGAACGCUAUGCAGCUUUAGUUGUGCUACUUAAAUUCAUCAUACCAAAAAAUGCUCAAACAGUGGUAUUUGCUGGUACACAGCAUCACGUGGAACUUAUAUCAUAUAUUCUAACACAAUCUGGAGUAUCAAAUACAUCAGUCUACUCCAGUUUGGACCCAUCUGCACGCAAAAUUAACACAGCCAAAUUUGUUAGCAAAAAAGUGUCUGUACUGAUAGUUACUGAUGUGGCAGCACGUGGUAUUGAUAUACCCAGCUUGGAUUAUGUUGUAAAUUUACAUUUUCCUGGUAAACCAAAAUUAUUUGUGCAUCGCGUUGGACGCUGUGCGCGUGCUGGACGAACUGGUACUGCAUAUUCAAUAUUUUCCACAGAGGACACAGCGCAUUUACUAGACUUACACUUAUUCUUAAAUAGACCAUUUAACAUAAACGAUAACAAUUCUAUCGGUACAAUACCACAAGAUAUAGUAGAAGAGGAAUAUUUGACAGUAAAUGAAAUUAAGAAUAGUCAUCAUAUUAGCGGCGUACUACGCACUAGCGAAAAUGCUUAUAAAAAAUAUAUAACUUCACGUCCAGUUGCUUCCACCGAUGCUAAUGCGCGUGUUAAAAAAUUAAAAUUUGUCAAUAUGAAACCUUUAGAGGAUUUCUUAAAGUCAUCAACUGUCUUGGAACAAUCUGGUUUAGUAAAUGGUGAAAAGAAAACUAAAUCUAAGGAACAAAUUGCUGCUAAUGAGCGAAAGCUGCAAGAAGAAAAACAUGAUAUACUAGUGAAAAUGCGAAAUUUUAAACCAACCACUACUAUUUUUGAAUUAAAGGGUACACAAAAGUCUGUUCAAUAUACGGUUAUGAAAGAAAAGCGUUCUAAGCAUGAAAAUACGAUUGAGAAAUUCCGUACUACUGUAGAGAAGGAAGAAAAAGAAGAACAAAACAAACUUCUAGAACAACUAGAAAAGGAUGAUGAAGCGGAUGAAGAAGCUAUUAGCAGUGCCUUUAAUAAAAUUGUAGCACCCAAAAAGCGUAAAAAUAUGGAUGAACUUUAUAAAGAUAAAUCAAAAAAGAAAAAGAAGAAAAGUAACAAUAAAGACAUGGAAAACUUUAUACCUUAUCAAUCUGCUGAUAAGCACACAGAAGAUGGACUAGCCAUAAAUUCAUUUGAAAGGCAAGCAAUGAACGCUGAAUUCUCAGUUAUUGAUCGUAAUACGAAUGAAACGCAGUUCAAGCCAGGUAUGAAACGUUGGGAUCGUAUAAAGAAGAAAAUGGUUGCAGUACAGGAUCCACGUACGAAUAAAAUACGUACGGAAUCAGGUGCAUGGAUACCAGCAUCAUUUAAAACUGGUCGCUAUAAUGAAUGGAAAGAAAAAUCCAAAAUUGAAGAACAAUUACAACGUGAAGCUGGCAGUGAUGAUGAUACCUUCAAACCUUUAUCCCACGAAAAACGAUAUCCGGUUAGUAGGCAUGCAAGACAUAAUGCUAAAUUUGAAGCAAAGAAACGCAUGGGUAGUGGUGGUGAUAAAGAGAUACGACAUCCAGACCAAAUUGUCAAGCAACGGAUGCGUUUGGAAUUCAUUAAGAAACGUAAUGCUGAUAAUGCCGUACGUAAAGCUGAAAAUCGUAAGCGGAGUAUGCGUAAAAGUCAACGUGCUUCAAUGUCCAAACGUGGAAAAAAGAUACCCAGCUUGGAUUAUGUUGUAAAUUUACAUUUUCCUGGUAAACCAAAAUUAUUUGUGCAUCGCGUUGGACGCUGUGCGCGUGCUGGACGAACUGGUACUGCAUAUUCAAUAUUUUCCACAGAGGACACAGCGCAUUUACUAGACUUACACUUAUUCUUAAAUAGACCAUUUAACAUAAACGAUAACAAUUCUAUCGGUACAAUACCACAAGAUAUAGUAGAAGAGGAAUAUUUGACAGUAAAUGAAAUUAAGAAUAGUCAUCAUAUUAGCGGGGUACUACGCACUAGCGAAAAUGCUUAUAAAAAAUAUAUAACUUCGCGUCCAGUUGCUUCCACCGAUGCUAAUGCGCGUGUUAAGAAAUUAAAAUUUUUCAAUAUGAAACCUUUAGAGGAUUUCUUAAAGUCAUCAACUGUCUUGGAACAAUCUGGUUUAGUGAAUGGUGAAAAGAAAACUAAAUCUAAAGAACAAAUUGCUGCUAAUGAGCGAAAGCUGCAGGAAGAAAAACAUGAUAUACUAGUGAAAAUGCGCAAUUUUAAACCAACCACUACUAUUUUUGAAUUAAAGGGAACACAAAAGUCUGUUCAAUAUACGGUUAUGAAAGAAAAGCGUUCUAAGCAUGAAGAUACGAUUGAGAAAUUCCGUACUACUGUAGAGAAGGAAGAAAAAGAAGAACAAAACAAACUUCUAGAGCAACUAGAAAAGGAUGAUGAAGCGGAUGAAGAAGCUAUUAGCAGUGCCUUUAAUAAAAUUGUAGCACCCAAAAAGCGUAAAAAUAUGGAUGAACUUUAUAAAGACAAAUCAAAAAAGAAAAAGAAGAAAAGUAACAAUAAAGACAUGGAAAACUUUAUACCCUAUCAAUCUGCUGAUAAGCACACAGAAGAUGGACUAGCCAUAAAUUCAUUUGAAAGGCAAGCAAUGAACGCUGAAUUCUCAGUUAUAGAUCGUAAUACGAAUGAAAUGCAGUUCAAGCCAGGUAUGAAACGUUGGGAUCGUAUAAAGAAGAAAAUGGUUGCAGUACAGGAUCCACGUACGAAUAAAAUACGUACGGAAUCAGGUGCAUGGAUACCAGCAUCAUUUAAAACUGGUCGCUAUAAUGAAUGGAAAGAAAAAUCCAAAAUUGAAGAACAAUUACAACGUGAAGCUGGCAGUGAUGAUGAUACCUUCAAACCUUUAUCCCACGAAAAACGAUAUCCGGUUAGUAGGCAUGCAAGACAUAAUGCUAAAUUUGAAGCAAAGAAACGCAUGGGUAGUGGUGGUGAUAAAGAGAUACGACAUCCAGACCAAAUUGUCAAGCAACGGAUGCGUUUGGAAUUCAUUAAGAAACGUAAUGCUGAUAAUGCCGUACGUAAAGCUGAAAAUCGUAAGCGGAGUAUGCGUAAAAGUCAACGUGCUUCAAUGUCCAAACGUGGAAAAAAGAAAUAGGAUUUUUAUUUAAUU